UGUAAUAUCUAAAUUAACGGGUUUUAUUCAUAUCAAAAAUAUAUUUAAACUAUUUAACAUGUCUAAAUCACCCUGACUGCAUUAGGUCACAACAACAAAACUUAUUUUUAAGGGGUAGAUCAAGUAUAAACACAGUAGCUCCUUAAGGUAUACAUUGCAGGUGAUCUCAUUUUACAGUGCACUUAUCUGACACACUUGAUGCACUGGUGUCUUUUUUAUUUAUUAUUAUAUUUAUUAUUAUUUAUUUAUAUUUAUUUAUUUAUUUUUUGAACAUGCACAAUUAUAAAAUAUUACAACAGCAAAACAAUCAACAGAGUAAUGCAUUUUCUAGCUUGUCAUUCGUGCCUGGUGACGUGUCUCGCGCGACCUGAAAAGGCAUCAGGGCACGAGCGCAUCCAGACUUGCAGGAUUAUAAUAAUGGACGCAAUGUAAACAGCUGCUCAAGCAACGCGCGGCGGACACUUGUCAAACUCGAAUCAUUGCAGCUGGAUGUGGAUGAUGCUCCAGGACUCAUAUACGUGGAACGCUUGUGUGUGCUGUUUGUUUUCUUGGGUCUGUUUCAUUGCAUCCUCUUUAGCACAGCCGUAGACCUGAUACACGAACGCUGUGAACGAUGCUCGAGACAUAUAGCAAAGCUAAGAAACUAUUUUCACGUUUGUUUAUGAAUAUUUCAGUUAACCCUCGGAAUAUAUGCAAGGAUUGAUGGACUGUGCACACAGAGGCAGAUUAAUGUGUUUUUCGGGGGAAAUGUUGCUAGUGGCAUGCUAACGUUGUUUUCCGGCUUUAGUGUGCAAGCAAAGGGGGAAUUUAAGUAUUGUAAAUAUCAUUUAUCGUCGAUUUUUCGGAUAGGCAGCUUCUUUCCAUAAUAGCUAAUGGAUGUCUUGAAGUUUAAUUCAACCGGAAUAUUUCAGUACUUAGUCAACAGUUGCAUGUUGCAUUAUCGUUGCAUGCCAGUUGCAAAACCUGUUAGCGAUAUAUAUUAUACAUAACCUCUCGUGAAUCACCAGUGGCGGCGAUUUCUGAUCUUAUAAUGCCGUUAUAAAUGUCUAAUUAUGUCUUCACGUAUGUAGUUUGCGCAUAUUUCACGAGAGUUUUCUGAUUUUUGACGGUUUAUGGGCUACAUUAUACGGAGUGUGGUGUGUUGCACGUUUAUAUGUUAAAUUAUACACAUACAUCUUGAUGCACGUUUAUAUGUUAAAUUAUACACAUACAUCUUGAUGUUAGUCAUAUGAAUUUUCCAGAAGCAGUUCAGAUUGUUUGGUAUUGCUCCUCCUGUUGUUAUUAUGCAUUUAUGUGACGUAUGCACUUUAAUAUGUGUGUGAACAGAUUAUCAGGCUGGUCAACACUGACUUCACUAGUCAUACUUUAUGAGCAGGCAUAAUGUUAAUGUCAGGAAUUGAAAACUGUUAAAAAUCCCUUACAGAAGUGUUGUUAACUGUCUCUACUGUAAACAUUACCCAUACAAACCAUCAAAACAAGACUUUUCUUGCUACUUGAACUGCUCUCUAAGGAAUCCCUAGGUGAGACUGGAAAUUCUUUGACUUCUGGAAGACUUCGCUCCAUCAUGCGUCUGUCUUCCUUAUUGGCUGUUUUCCGGCCUGCUCUGCCUCUCAUCCUGGGCCUCUCUUUGGGCUGCAGCCUCAGUCUUCUGAUGGUGUCCUGGACACAGGGGGAGACAGAUGAGGGAUGUGGAGAUGAAUUGGGCAAUGGGGGGCUCCUACACAGUGAUCAUAUCAGAGAUCUUCAGGAUGGCAAAGAUGGGGAUGGGAAUGAGGACUUCCAGCCACGCAUAGUGCCCUAUCACAAAGACCCCAACAAACCACAUAAGAAAGUUCUCAGGACUCGCUACAUACACACAGAGCUGGACAUCCGAGAACGUCUUUUAGUGGGCAUCCUGAGUUCACGUGCCACUCUGAACACACUAGGUGUUGCAGUCAAUAAAACCAUAGCGCACCAUUUCCAUCGUACAUUCUUUUUCACUGGCCUUCGAAGUGCAAAGGCACCGCACGGCAUGGCUGUUGUCGCCCAUGGUGAUGACCGGCCCGUCUGGCUAAUGUAUGAAACAAUACGCCACCUCCAUCAACACCACGGUAAUGAGUAUGAUUGGUUUUACCUUGCCCAAGAUGAUACGUACACACAAGCUGAACGGGUGAUGGAGCUGGUGAACCAUCUUAGCGCGGGACAGGAUAUGUACAUGGGACGGGCAGAGGAGUUUAUUGGGGGUGAAGAACGUGCCCGAUAUUGCCAUGGUGGAUAUGGCUAUCUGCUGUCACGUAGCCUACUAGACCGACUGCAGCCCCACCUGGACUCUUGUCGCAAUGAUAUCCUCAGUGUCAGGCCAGAUGAGUGGCUUGGUCGCUGCAUCAUUGAUUACUUGGGUCUUAGCUGUGUGGAGAAGCAUCAUGUGAGGAAACAUUUUUUGAACUUUAAGUCAAUGGAGAUGACUUACCGUUACUUUGAGCUGCAGAAGAACGUGGACCCUGAGCGUGAGGACAGUGCCCAGUUUAAGAAUGCCUUUACUGUCCACCCAGUCUCUGAACCUGCCCUGAUGUAUCGCCUGCACAAGUGCUAUAAUCAGAUUGAACUGGACUGGACCUAUGCACAAAUACAGCAGUUACAGAUGCAGAUCAACAACAUAAGUGACCUCACUCCAGAGGGAAAAGCUGGAGCCACCUGGCCCAUCGGAAUCAACCCUCCCUUCCGGCCCAAGACCCGCUUUGAGGUGAUCAACUGGGAGUACUUUACUGAAGAGCACAUUUACUCAUGUGCUGACAGUUCUCCAAAGUGUGAACUUCGAGGUGCGGACAGGGCAGAUGUUAUUUCAGUCCUGGAGACUGCAGUGGCACAUUUGAAUGAGCGUUAUCAGCCCCAGUUGCGUUUCCGUAAGCGCCGCUUACUGAACGGGUACAGGCGCUUUGAUCCCACACGAGGCAUGGAGUAUGUGCUGGAUCUGGCCCUGGAAGCUUUCACGCAGAAGGGUCAUAGUCAGGUCAUAGCUAAACGGGUGAGUUUGCUGAAGCCACUCAGUGUUGUUGAGAUCAUCCCCAUGCCAUAUGUAACAGAAGCGACAAGGGUACAGGUCAUCCUCCCUGUGACGGCACAUGAUCAAGACUUUGUGGGCAACUUCCUUGACAUGUAUGUUAUGAAUGCUUUGGAUACGCAUGACAAUGCUCUGCUCACCUUCUUGUUUAUCUAUGACCACUUUGAUGCCCAGAGAGUCAGCCAAACAGAUGUUUUUGCCAGUGUCAAAGCCAUGAUUGGUGAGGUAGAGAAACGUUAUGGUGAUGUGAAAAUUCCUUGGAUUAGUGUAAAGACCGAAGUUCCCUCACAGGUCAAGCUGAUGGACAUAAUCUCCAAGAAACAUCCAGUAGACACCCUGUUCUUCCUGGCCAGUGUUUGGACGGAGGUCAAUUCUGACUUUCUCAACCGUUGCCGAAUGAACGCUAUCAGCAAUUGGCAGGUUUUCUUUCCAAUCCACUUCCAAGAGUACAGUCCUGCUCUGAUCUACCGUGACCAACAGCCUUCUGCUGCUUCAUCGUUUGCAUCCGAGACACUGCGAGAUGGCCACUUUGACCGUCACGUCUUUGAAGAAGCCUGUUUCUACAAUGCAGAUUACAUGGCUGCACGCACAAAGAUGGCAGCAGACAUCUUGGACAAUGAUGAGUUGCUUGAGAGUAUGGACGUCUACGAAAUCUUUGUACGUUACUCGGGAUUGCACGUGUUUCGGGCUGUGGAGCCGGCACUAGUUCAGAAGUAUGUGCACAGGGAAUGUAACCCACGGUUUAGUGAGGAUAUCUAUCACCGUUGUGUACUCAGUAACCUGGAGGGGCUGGCCUCUCGAUCACACCUAGCAAUGGCUUUGUUUGAACAAGAGCAGGCAAAUAGCACCUGAGAACGAACUAGUACCUGAAACAUGCAUCAACUUGGACCUAUGCAUAUUGAUUGUGUGAAUUUCACCUUAAUGCUGUGAACUUCUCUGCACAGACUAGACACUAGUGAAUGAAUAGCCUUGGUACUUAAGGAUUGACCCAUAUAUUCUUACAUAGUGAACAUGACUAAUGUGAAGCAGAGGACUUCACAACUCACUUCAAAUUAAACUUGUGGAAAGAACUUCACUUUGUUUAUACAACUAUCGAUGACUGAAUGGAUUCUGGAAUUAGCAAGUGCAAUGCAUAAGGAACUCAUUCAGCUUUUUAGACUUCAGAUGGUUAGUAGAGGUUCAAUCCUAAAAUCGCGGCUUCAAAAGUAACUUGAGCCGUCUUUCUUCCUUAACAUAUACGAUUGUAUGACCUUUGAACAGAAUGUGCUGCCUAUGUCAGGACUGAAUAAACAAAUUAUCUAUCUGUGAA